CUUUUUCAUCCAGCAUGUUGAGCUUACAAUCCAAUGAGCAGAGAGAAUGCGUCGAGAGUAAAGCUUCAUGACGAGCGAGACCGAGGAGAAGAUAAAGAUACAACUAGAAACCUUUGCGAAAUAAAGUCUAUGAGAAGAAAAGGCGCUACCAAAAGCAAAAGCUUGACAGUAGAUACAACAUGGUGAUAGAGAAACGCUUCCAUAGUCCUCUUCGUCAUUCAGAAUUGUUAUUGAAUUUCCACACUCACCAAAUCCAAAAUUGAACUUCUUCGAAAAAUCGCACGCAAAAAUUGAGUUGCAGUCUCUCUGUCUUACACCCACAUGAAAACGUGUUUCCCGCGCGGUAGUUGAUCGAAGCGAAGUUAGGGAUACAGACGUCCAGCCGGUCCACCCGCUAUUGCGCGGAUUCCCUCUCGAAGGUCUUCGUGGUUACCUGAUCGAGUCGCGCACUCUAGUACGGCUCACUUUUACCGCGAAUCUAGUGAAACGGUAUAACUGCACAGCGCGACCGGAGACUUCAAGAUGGCGACACAAUUGAAGCAAAUUGUGGAACUGCUAAAUGCAGAGCCGUUCCAUAGCGAUCUCAGUCUCGUCGCUUUCGAUGAGAAGGAGGGCGUGGAUCUACUCGAGAUCUUGAAGCGUGUGCUGGCGCAUCUUGAUGGUAUUUUCUUUCUUUGUUGUAGUCGGGGUUCAUGAUGUGCUCCUGGAGAACUUGACUAACACUAAGCUGUCAUAUAUUGCGAGGGCAGCAGAGAUACUCGUAUCGGAGAUUUUUUUUUCUAGCAUUGUUCGUCUUCUUACGUGCUCUUCCAAGAAUCAAGAGUGAUUUAUCCCCUAUCUUGAAGCGUCAACUUCAAGAACAACAAAUAAUUAUCGGAAAUUGUAAUUGACUACUUCUCUCUUGGCUGUUAAUAUUCACAUAUUACUUUCCUCGGACGAUCUACUUCGAGUACCGAUCCAUCGUCCUAGAUUCAAAAAUAGAUCUUCCCCAAAUUUACCUUUACUUCUCCAGCCAGCGGUAAGUUCGAUGCGGACCUUCGGGAGGACUCUCCAGAGGCUACUUGCCAAAAGUUCACGGAGUAUCUCCAUUUGCUUGGAUAUCAGUGCAGCUAUGAUAUGGAGUUUCAGCAGGCUCUGAUGAUGGGCGAGAAAAAAGUCGUCAACGCGAUUCUAUGGUGGCUACUGACGAAUUUGGAGUCGUUGAAAAAACGCAGUUUUUUGGCGCACUUCUGUGUCAACUUCGAAGUGCCGGAGGAGAUUUUGAGGGAUGAGCCAGUUUUUGAACUGUACUUAUUUUACAGAAAAUUCUUCUUGACCUGCCAGGCUUCCUUGUUCAACUGGGAGAUUGUAUUUUAGAACGUCCAGACGUUCGGCUCUUCUACAUCUGUCUUGCUGUUUGGAGGAGAACUGAAGAUCAUGAAAUUUUUCUCACCAAGCCAGGUACCAAGGCUACAAAGAGCUGCAGUCGCAGUUCAAGACGACGCAUGCACAUUUAGAGCAGCUCCGUCUACAAAAGCAGCAUCCGGGCGACCUCCAAAAGGAAGUGCAGCAACUGGCCGCUGAAAGCGAACAGCUCACGCAGAAAAUCGCUUCUUUUCGGCAGAGGUCAGCUAAUACUCCAGGAUUCCAGAAUCUGUUGCAGAUCACCAGUCUACUCAGAAAAGAGCAAGAGGAAGAAGCGCGAUUGACGGAGCGGCUAGUGGAGCAGAAGAUGGGGUUGGAGCAGACAGAACAUCUUUUUCUAGAAAAGUCAAGACGUGUGCACGAAUUGCGGCAGGCGCAGGCGUCAGAACCGGCGAAUAGUGCGGAAGUUAUGGUGUUGUAUUUUGACGUAGUAUGUGGUGCUUGAAUGGGCAGUAUCAAGGUGGUUCUCCUGCUGUCAACGUUGAGCUUAUUCCAAACACCAGGAUAUCCAAGUAUAUUAUGUUGUUCUAAUUCCUCAAUGCUGAAAGUCGUUCGCAUCGAGACGCAGAGAAACAAAGAUGCAGAAGCUCGACUUUUGAGGGAACGUGAUGAGAAGCUGAGGAAAAUGCAACUGGUCGAAAUUGCGUUGCAGGAACCAGCAGUAACGCAGAAUAUGGUCAUGGAGAUACAGGUACUUUAUUUGCAACGGCUGAAUGAUCCUGAUUUUGACACACGAGGUCGAACAUGUCUUCAACUUUCAUCUCUGCUGUUUUUCGACAACCGAUAUCGACAUCGGCUGAAUUCUGAACCUCAUAUCAUUUCCAAACUCGUCUCUCAAGACUGAAUGCGCGCACAUGGAGCAGCAAUGUGAGCAUUUGGACGCUCAGCUGGAAUCCCAGAACGCAACCGAUUCCAAACUAACUGUCUACAAGCAGCAAGCGAACCUUGUAGCUAAGAAGAAAGAAAUGACCCAAACAGAGUUGCAGAAACAUCUUGAGGAGCGCGAUGCGUUGGCGUCGCAGAUAGCGCAGAAGGAAAAGGAGUAUUGUGCGGCAUUUUUUGCUGAGUUCAGAGUGUAGCAUACAGAAAUCAUGAUCACGAUUGUUUUUACAGCCCUGUUUGGACAUGCACUCGAUGAUUAUUUCCAUUCAUCUGCGGCCUCUUUCCCAUAACAGAUACGAAGCGAAGCAAGGUCACAAAUUUAUGAAGCGAGACGACUUCAAGGCCUAUGCAGGCAGUUUGAGGGAAAAGAGCAACCAAUUCAAGAAGCAGAAGGAUGAGCUGAAUGCUUGGAGGGGAGAAGUAUUACUACUCAUUGCAGAUGAAGGUUUGUUUCCCACGAGUGGGUGCUCCUCUUUCUUUCAGGGCGACAAUUGCUAUCUACUCCACAAUACGAAAACCAUUUCGUUAUCCACUUCCACGUACACGCGUCUCUUUUCUACUCAGGUCGCAGUCCUCAUCCGUACUCUCCAAAUGGUCAACGCGCAACACCCUUUACCAGCAGAAGUGAGGGAUAACGAGAAAGCGAUCGAGAAAACCUCUAUGGCGAAAGCCCAGGAGGACUCUGCCAAAGCACAGUCAAUGGACGAGCUGAGUGAACUGGUAAAGCAGAUCACGACACAGCUUCGGGAACAGAAAAACAAGCUUGCGCCGCAGAUUAAGGAGCUUCGGUAAAUUUGUUUUUCUUUCUAGCAGUCACUGUAGCAGUAGUUGUGGUUCUCCUCCUGACCUACAGAUUUAGUACAACAUCAUCAAGUUCGAUUUUUUUCACCAUCUCUGAUCCGUCUUCUCGCAAAUCCCCUCUCCCAUACUAGAUGAUCUUAUGAUCAUCCAAAACAUCAUAUCGCACACCAGAACCGUGCGUCAGCAGUUUGCGCAGGUCGAGCAGAGGUAUCUGGAAUUGAAAUCCAAGUACGACGAAGCCCGGCUAGCAGUGGAUGCAGACCUUAAUCGCGUGAAUGGCGACGUAACGACGAUGCAGGACGAGGUGAACAGUUUAGAAAGGAAAUAUCACGAGCUGCAGACGCAAUUGACCUGGUCAGAAACGAGAUUGAAUAUUAUGGCGCGUGUUGUUGAAGAUGAAGUUGGUGUUGAACUCGUAGACCAAGUCGAGGCACAUGAAACUAACAAUUCUCCUUGACAUUCCGAUUCAUUGUCAACGGGAAUCUCAAGAACUUUACUCUUGCCCUCGCAUCAGUAGACAUUAUUGCAACAACUAGCUCUAAUAGCAAAGUCCACAAGGAGGCAAAGCAGUUACGCGACGCGCCUCACCAGUCAUUGACAACGCAGUACAACAACUCCCUCACGAAGAUGGAGCAGCAGGCGAGGGAACUACGACAAAGACAGAAGCACGUCAAGGAAACGCACGAGGAGCGAGUCAAACAGAAACAGAUUUUUUCUUAUGUCAAUCUUUGUGUACCUACAGCACAAAUUCUCUCAAAUAGAAACUAUCCCUAAAUCUACCCACGUCGACACGACCCCUUUUUUUCUCUCCCUCCCUUCAUGCCUAAUCUACUUCCACGUCUACACGACCCCUUUUUUUCCUCUGCCUCCCUUCAUCCCUCGCAGCUCGAGGCCUUGAUGGAUAUCAAGCUGAAGGUGACCUCAAACUACGAAGCUGGCGGAACCAACUUGUAUGCGGCACAAUCGGUGGAGUAUGGCAUGCGGCCGGCUAUAGACAUGUCCCAUGGUGCUGUGAAUCGUAUCGUCAUUGGGGACUGAUGUUGAAGGUGUUAAGGAGCACGUUUUGAUGAAUAACAUUUGCAUUGAUGUUGAUGUUGAUGAUGUAUCUAUUUGUUGUAGUUCACAUUUUUGGGCUUUUUCUGAUGUUGUAUUAGUUCGUCUACCUCUACUAUGUAGUUGUCGACGUAGACGUCGUACUCGUAAUCCUAUUUUAGUAAAUGAUUUCUUUCGUGUAGUUUACAGAUCUUUGACUAGUCGCAAUGUUGUUGUACUGGGACACGACAAAGAAUUGAACAAGAAUCAGAGAAAUCGCUCAUGACAGCUUGACUUCAUCUGAUUGCAAUUGCAUCCACAAUGUCGAAUGUCUUCGCCAACAUGGAUGCGCCUGAAGACGUUGGUACUAUGGGG